UUCACCUGUUCACCAAAAACAAUUUUUUUUUUUAAAAAAAUGGAAAAUGAUUUAAAGCCAGGUAGAGAGCUGGUGGAGAAAUCAAGCAUCGAAAUAUCGAGAAGCAGAAGGCACCCGCCCCGCAUUAAGCCAUCAUCACCAGUAAAACCAUGGAGAAUCAUAAACAAGAACAAGAGCAGGGAGAGCUAACAAUAUUCAAAGCAAGAGAAUUAUUUUCAUCAAACAUAAUUCUCAGCUUGAUAGCAGUAGCAAUAUGGCUUGGUUCAAUCCAUUUUGUUGUUCUUUUAGUUAUUUUUUCUCUCCUUUUUCUCUCUUUCUCCAAGUGUCUCCUUGUUUUCGGAUUGCUUUUGUUGCUCGUUUUCGUUCCAAUUGAUGAUGAUAACAAGUUGGGCCGUCGUCUUUGUUGGUAUAUAUGUAGGCAUGCUUGCUGCUAUUUUCCAGUGACUUUACAUGUUGAGGAUAUAAAUGCCUUCCAUCCUGAUCGUGCUUAUGUCUUUGGUUAUGAGCCACAUUCAGUUUGGCCCAUUGGGGUCGUUGCAUUAGCAGAUCAUACAGGUUUCAUGCCUCUUCGAAAAGUAAAGGUCCUUGCUAGUAGCGCUGUUUUCCUUGUGCCAUUUUUGAGACAUAUAUGGACAUGGUGUGGUCUUACAUCUGCGACAAAGAAAAAUUUUACUUCCCUUCUGUCAGCUGGUUAUACAUGCAUUGUAAAUCCGGGUGGAGUACAAGAGACAUUUUACAUGGAGCAUGAUAAUGAGAUUGCUUUCCUCAAGUCAAGAAGAGGAUUUAUCAAGAUAGCCAUGGAGAACGGUGCACCCUUGGUUCCAGUUUUCUGCUUUGGUCAAUCAAAAGUGUAUAAAUGGUGGAAACCCAGCGGAAAGUUAUUCUUGAAAAUUUCUAGAGCAAUUAAAUUCACUCCAGUUGUCUUCGGGGGGAUUUUUGGGACUCCCUUGCCCUUCCAACGCCCGAUGCAUAUCGUGGUUGGUAGACCUAUUGAGCUUAAGCAAAAUCUUCAGCCCACUGUGGAAGAGCUCGCUGAAGUGCACGGUCAGUUUGUCGCCGCACUGGAAGAUCUUUUUAAAAGGCACAGAGCACGGGUUGGGUUUGCUGAUCUUGAAUUGAAAAUUCUAUAAUUUGACUGCACAACUUAGACUUGUUUCUGAAUGUUUCUUUUUUACAUUUAUUAAUCUUUUUCUAUGUUUUCUUGGUUA